GCCAUAGAAAGUAUUGCACGCGGCUCUGUCAGCCUUGUAAGUGAGCGUGUGUGUAUGUGUGUGUGUGGCGGAAAGUCCCUACCCCUGUGGAAAUCCCCGCUUUUUUCCGUGUUGAAAAAAACCGUUUCACUUAAAUUAAGUUUAACACUGUGAGCUAGGAUCUUAUACCGUGAGCACACUACAAAUUAUUUGCGAGUAAAGGUUAAUGGCGCUAUGGACGAUUGCGGUUACACUCAGUGAAGUGCCAGUGGUCUAGUCGGAGCAUCUUAUGGGCUUUGUUGAUACCGACAUAUUGAACAGUACCGAGUUGGUGCCGAUUAUUCCGGAAUACACCAUGUCGCAGGGCCAAAACUUCCUGCCUAAGUUCCUGUUUGUGAGCAACCUGUUCAAGGCCAUGAAGAUCCGGGAGAGGGUGCCUAACGAUGUGGUGAAGCCGGCAGUCAGCGGGGGCCUGGUGCACCACCUGCGGGGUAUGCACCGGCACACGCUGGAGAUGAUCCGCAUGAGCCACUUCCCACAGACCUUCCGCGAGAUCAUCCAGUCGGCCAUCCUGGACCGGGCCAUGCAGACCUCCCUGGAGCAGGAGAAGAGGCUCAACUGGUGCCGCGAGGUCAAGAAGCUGGUGCCACUGCGGACCAAUGGAGAUGGUAACUGCCUGCUUCACGCCGCGUCCCAGUACAUGCUGGGCGUGCAGGACACGGACCUGGUCCUGAGGAAGACCCUAUAUGCUGUGCUGAAGGAGACCGACACCACGGACUUCCGAGCGCGCUUUCAGACGGAGCUGCUCCACUCACAGGAGUUCACUCAGACCGGCCUCCGCUACAGCACCAUGAACUGGGAGGAGGAGUGGAAGAAGAUUGUGGACAUGGCCUCACCGGUGUCCAGCAGCAGCGGCCUGCAGUUUGACUCCCUCGAGGACAUCCACAUCUUUGUGCUAUCCAACAUUCUUCGGAGGCCCAUCGUAGUCAUUGCAGAUAGUGUGGUAAGAAGUAUGAAGUCGGGUUCCUCCUUCGCCCCACUCAACGUGGGUGGCAUCUACCUGCCCCUGCACUGGACCGCCAGCGAGUGCUACAAGUAUCCCAUAGUGCUCGGCUACGACUCGCAGCACUUCGCCCCUCUCAUCACCAUCAAGGACAGUGGCCCAGAGAUACGCGCGGUGUCACUGAUCAAUCCGGGUCGCGGCGGCUUCGAGGAGCUGCGGGUGCAUUUCCUGACCGAGAAGGAGAACCAGCAGAAGGAGCGGCUGCUGAAAGAGUACCUGAUGCUGAUCGAGAUCCCCGUCAUCGGCGUCGCCUACGACACCACGCGCAUCAUCAACGCAGCCAGGUUGGAUGAAGGGAACCUCCCAGAGGAUAUGGACCUUAUGGAGGACUACUUGCAGCUAGUCAACCACGAAUACAAGCGCUGGCAAGAGGACAAAGAGGCCCUCUGGGCACCUCAGCUGCAGCAGCGGCCACCGCCCUUCUCCGUCUCGCAGCUCUCGCUCAUCGAGAUCCGCUGCGCCACGCCGCGCUGCACCUUCUAUGUGUCGGUGGACACGCAGCCGCACUGCCACGAGUGCUUCGAGAAGCGACAGGCCAGCAGGAAGCUGGAGCCCAAUGUGGUGGCGACGGUCGGGCCCGGGGUGGUGGUGGGAACGGUGGGGGCGACGCUGGUAGGACAGUCGGGGUCUGAUUCGGAGGGAGGGUGCAGUCGCGGUGCCCCUCCCGCCCCCACAACUGCGGACCGGGCCCUCGUGCCGAGCCCGCGAUCGGCGCCCCCCACCGCUCCCAGUCUGAGCCUGUACAGCGAGACGCACGCUAUGAAAUGCAAGACGCCCGGCUGCCUAUUCACCCUCAGCGUGGAGCACGACGGACUAUGCGAGCGUUGCUUCGCCGCCAGGCAGAACCCGCCCCCUGCCCCCCCCAGCGCAAACACCACGCCUCUCAACGGCCCGACGCACCACGGCUGGAGCCAGUGGACCGGCGGGAGGGACCUAGACAGAGACAGAGACCGAGAGCGAGAGCGGGAGUGGGAGCGCGAACGGGACCGCGAGACGGAACGCUGCACCGCGUGCCGACAGGAGGCCUUCAGGACAUUCAACGGACUGUGCCCACCCUGCAUGCAGCGGACGGAGGCGGAGCGCAGCGAGCCGCAGCAGGCGCAGCAGCCCGCGCCCCCCCGCAUCGACCCCUCCGCCGCCUCGUCCUCGGUGUGGACGCAGCUCCGGGCCGCCGAGCGCUCGGCUGCCUCGGGACUCACGCCCUGGCACGUGCCCAACAGCACGGCGCGGCUGUGCAAGCGCAGCGGGUGCCAGUUCUUCGGCACGCAGGAGAAGCUGGGCUUCUGCACCAUCUGCUACGUGGACUAUCAGACCAACCACCAAGCGCCACCAUCCACAGUGCAGCCGCGCCACACGUCCGAGGCGGGCUUCCAGAACUGUCCGCGGUGCCGCGGGCCAGGCUGCGGAGCGGUGGGCAAGGCCAUGCUGGAGGGCUACUGCAACAAGUGCUACGUGAAGGAGCAGAGCGCCCGACUCAACAAGGCCACCACCAGAGGACCCAACUCGCCACCGCUAGUCGUGAGAGCGCCCAAGCCUCGUCCUCCACCCACCGAUGCCCAGUGCAGACGCAGCGGCUGCAAGAACCUGUCGCCCGGCUGCACAGACCUGUGCCCGGACUGCGUGGGUCGGGGCCAGCGCGAGGGCCGGCGAGCCCAGGCGCCAAAGGAGAAGAGCAAGCAGCGUUGCCUCACGCUGGGAUGCGACCACUACGCCAACCAGGAGAAACAGGGCUACUGCAACGAGUGCGACCACUUCAAGCAGAUCUACCGCGGCUGAGACACGCAUCUUAAGACAGCGAGAAUGAGAAAUUCGCCCCCCGACGCGGAUGGUACGGACUAGCACGUGGCUCAGUUCGAGGCAUGAUUCGAGUUCAUGAGCGGCUCCAUUGUUUUUUUUUGGGCCACUGAAAAAUUAGAAGCCAGCCCUCGUCACACACAUACAACCCCACCUCUGUCCCCGCUGAAUCAACUCGAAGGCCGAAUGACAAAACUACUGAAACCCCAAAACGAAAUCUGCCUGAAGAGGCAGUAAUGACUUAAAUUUUGGGCAGCUGAAGAGCCUGAUCGGUGAAUUGGCUUUUCCUCCCUUCUUAAUAUGCAGAUGAUGUGAUGGUCGUCUGUGCAAAGUGUAUCGGGCAACAGGGUGACACCGCAGUCCAGAAGACCUGUCUCCUUCCAAACAUAUACACACACACACACACACACAUACACACGUCUGUGGUCACGUGUGUUUAGUGCCAAACUGCCUGCCUGGAAGGAUCCUGCUCUAAGACAGCUGAAUGUCCAUCGAAUGUCAGGGCAGGAGGGACUCACGGACAAGCAAGGACAUGAAUGAAGUGAUCUUAUUUUAUGCUCAAGAGCAGCAUAACUGACCAAAGUUAAUUUCGUACUAAUGUAAAGUUUUGAGGAAAAAAACAAUACAAAAGCAAAACAAAAACGAAUGGUGCACAUUGCCAAAACACUGAUUCGAAGACAUGGACCCCAGCAUUCCCUACAAUGAACAAAUCCUACACAAAGACAGCUACACACACACACACACACAAUCACACACACACACACACACACACACACACACACACACACACACACACACACACACACACACACACACACACACCAGAAACAAAGGUGUGCUUUUGACGUCUGCGUUGAAGACGCCACUGUAUGUACAAACUGAAUCCCUGUCAUGGUCACCGGACUAUUGUCCACUCAUCGGUUUGCCAUGUCACUUAACGUGCCAUAACAGGGAGGACAUGUUGCCUUUCUGACACUGAGUUUGUAUUUGCCUCUGACCACUCAAACACACACACACACACAGUACACUCAUACUGACACACAAUCGUACCUACAGUACGCAAACAAACACACUUUAUUUUGGUUCAGAACAGGACUAUUGUUUUGGGGGUUUUUUGUUUGUUUUUUGCGACAUGCAGUACCACAGCAGCUAAAAUCUUUUGCGGUUCCACGCACCACAAAAUGAGACCUCAUGGACACGUAGCUCAUGAAAAACAGUUUCAAAAAAGUGCAAUAAAACGUCUGUAUAUCCUGCCUUCGAUUUUGUAAAUGGUGGAAAAAAUGAUUUUGUUUUGUCAGUGCUCUCUUCAAGCAGAGUCUAGAGAGCAGUCAUAACAUAACGGUUCCACGCGUUCCAUGGAGAACGCGCGCAAAGAGGAGUCCAGGGAACCCACACAGCCAUCAGCCAUUCCCUCUGUGCAACAGAGAUGAAAUGAUGAAAAAGGACUCAACCCAAGUCUACUGAUAAUACACAUACACUCACACAAACGCAUGUUUUCCCCCAUGCACAUUAUUUCUAUUUCUUUGUGUUUCUUUCUAUUUUUCUCUAUCUUCCUAUCUUUCAGUUCAUCUUAACUAACAUCUAUCUCUCUAUCUCUCCCUUUUUUCCCUGUGCCUAUCUUCAUCUACCUAUCUGUCUCUAUCUACCUAUCUAUCAAUCUAUCUAAACUACCUAGAGUGUGUGUGUGUCUUUGUCUCGCUCGAUGCCACUCGAUGCCUGUCACACAUACGGCCUGUGUGCUCUAACUGACAUGGAGUGAAGCUGCCAAAUAAGUGUAUACAAUAUCUGCAGUAACAUUUUCUCAUGAAGAGGCUAGCCUGCCAGACAGACCACUGUAAACCCCUGCGGAGGGCUAUCUGAUGUAAAGGACCGUAAUCAAUGCCUAACCAUACCUAAAUUCAUUACAGACCUUUAACUGCUUUGCUUCAAAAGCACUUGACAUUUUGAUUUUGAAGUUUUUAAAACAUGUUUUUGAAAAGAACAGAUCAGAUUUGUGCAACAAAUGCAUUGUAUGCUAAGUCCGUUGAUUCCCCAUCAUCUAGAGGGGUGUUAACUGUAACGCAACUACUCUCUUCAUUCAAACCCACACAUGCACACAGAUUCAGAUACUUCAAUAAAUAUCCACUGUAUGCAUCUCUGAGGUCCCAAUACUGUAAUGUAUAGCUUUGUCUACUUGAAACCUAGAUAAAUGUUGGCCUAGAUAGUUACACAAAUGUGCUUUACACAGAGGACGUACCGACAGGGGACAUCUGAGGUUCGCUAAAGGAGAUUUUUUGGAAAGGGUGCACACUCUUUCAGUUUUAUGUCUGUGUCUAAGAGAAGUACAGACCAUCACAAACUUGCACAAUAACCGAAAACGCUGCUCUGAUUUAAGGAUGGUACUUUCUUUGACACUCAUAGCAACAUUCCAAUGACGGUUCUAAGACAAUGAAGAAAGUCUGGAGAAUUUUUUUAUUUGUGCAACCUUUCAUAUUAGAUUGUAUGAAACGCCUUUUUUCUCUCCUGUUGAUUGGUUUAGUAUUUAUUCAUAACAAAAUAUGUGUACCAUGUGUUGAAAAUAUUUAUAUGUUGUCCUGAAAAUAAAUUAUUUUUAUUAAGAAAAUAA